AUGUCCUCCUCCCGCCCAACCUAUACUCCAGACCAAAUCUUCCAAUUCUACACACGAAUCAAGCUCCCUCCAAAAUGGCGCCUCCCUGCAGGCCCCGACUCGCAAGCCGUCGCCACCGGUCCAGAAGGCUACGAAUAUCUAUACGCGUUGCAAAGAUAUACCCUAUCUCACAUCCCGUUCGAGAACCUUGAAUUACAUUACUCCCGAACCAAACAUAUCGAUAUUCAUCCUGAGAUUCUGUUCGAGAAGAUUGUCAUCUCUGGAAAUGGGAGAGGAGGGUAUUGUAUGGAGAACAACAAUCUUUUCGCGACGGUUUUGAGAAGUUUGGGGUUUAAGUUUUACACGACCUGUGCGCGAGUGAGUUCGGCAGCGGGGCCGAAUGGUGAUGUUGUUGGGGGAAGAGGAUUCUUCUAUGGGUUUGCGCAUUUGUUGAAUAUUGUGACGUUGAGUGAUGGGAGGAGGUAUAUGGUUGACGUUGGGUUUGGGGCUGGGUCUUGUACGAGACCUUUGCCGCUGGAGGAGGGGACUGUGCAUCUGAAUAUGAGACGUAGUCAGCAGAUUCGAUUGAGGUACGAUAUUCUCGAGGCAAGCGAGAAUUUGGAGUCCAAGUUUUGGAUCUGGGAGAAGAGGAUUAGCGAAGAAGAUUCUUGGGUUGCCAUGACUUGUUUCCCGGAGAAUGUGGAGUUUUUGCCGCAGGAUUUUGAGAUGAUGAAUUUGUUUUGUAGUACUAGUCCGAUGACUUUCUUUACGCACAUUGUGUUGGCUGUGAAGUUUAUCUUGAGUGAGGAUGGAGAGGAGGUUGUCGGUGAGGAUCUGAUCAUUGGAGGAAGGUAUCAGAGGAGGAUUGAUGGAGUCAAGGUGGAGGUGAAAGAGCUGAAGAGUGAGCAGGAGAGGAUAAGAGUGUUAGGGGAGAAGUUGGGGAUCAGGCUGGACGAGCACCAGCAGAACGGGAUUUUGGGGAUGGUCAGCAUGUUGUCAAAGAAAUGA